CCGCUUGUGCUGCAGGAGAUAUCGAAAAGGGUAGGAGCUUCUGACAGAGAGUUGACGUUGACAACAAAGAAGCUAAAUUAAACUGCACGGUUGGAGCCAGGCUGUUUCACCCCAACACAUGGCGGAGGAAUUCGCCGGCCAAACGCCUCCUGCGGCUGGAGACCCGAUGGGCAAUGGGGCGCUGUCUCCUGGUGGAGCCGCGGCAGCGGCGGGGGAUGACGACCCUAUGGAAGUAGGCAGCGCCAAGUCGGGAGACGAGGGUGGCCUGUCGUCAAACUCGCCUGAUGGAGGUGCUGAGGACGCAAACGAGUUUGUAGAGAACGGGGAUGCUGAUGAUGCCAUGAUGUCUGAGGCGGGGGGGGGGGG